AUGGCUCGGUGGGUGGCCUUUUUGGCCCUGCUACUAGUCGCCGUCUCCGCGCGUAAGAACCCCCCGCCGCGAUCCGAACCCCAGAUCGAGGAGGUCACAGCCAAGCAGCUCGAGCGGGUGCUGGAAGACAAGGACUACGUGGCGGUGUUCUGGUAUGCCAGGAGUUGUGUCACGUGUGAUAAAGUUCUGGAAGAAUUAGAAAAAAUAGACGAUGACACUGACACGUUCGGCGUCGACUUUGUUAAAAUCAACGACAAGAGGCUCGCCAAACAGUAUGGCAUUACGAAAUUUCCCGCCCUCACGUACUUCCGUGAAAGGGAACCGAUCAUUUACGAAGGAGAUCUCAUGGACGAGGAGAGCGUUUUGGAUUUCCUGACGAGCUUAGAAGCAAUGGACCUUCCUGACCGGAUAGAAGAAGUUAAUCAGAAGAUACUCGAUAAGAUCAUCGAGGAUACAGAAUAUGUGGCCGUUCUCUUCUGUCCUGAUCACAAAAAUUGCGGCCCGAUGAACAACAAACCGGAAUGCAAGAAAUGUGCAAAAGCCUUACAAGAGUUAGAAAAUAUUGACGAUGAAGCUGACCAACUUGGUAUAGGCUUCGUGAAAAUCCACGAUGAGGAACUAGCUGAAGAGUACAGUCUUGGAGAUUUGCCAAGACUAGUCUACUACAGGCAUCAAAUACCUAUUAUUUACGAAGGUGAACUAAGCAAAGAGGAGGACGUUCUGGAAUGGCUCAUUGCAAACAAGUCGACUGGGGACGAAGAAGACGUGAUUGAAGAUGUCACGGCCAAAACUCUUAACACUCUUAUUGGAAAUGUUGAUAAUCUCGUUGUAUUGUUUUACGAUCAUGGUGAUGAAGAAUCAAUGACAGUUCUGGGUGAGUUAGAAAAAAUUGACGAUGACUGCGACCGACAUGGUAUUCAAUUCGUCAAAAUUGAUGAUAAAAAAGCUGCUCAGGAAUUUGGCAUUGAUGAUGUUCCCUCGAUUGUCUACUUCGAGAAGCAAAUCCCCAAUGUUUACGACGGUGACCUCGAGAACGAAGAAGAGAUGUUAGAAUGGCUAGUAGAUCAACUAGAAAAGGAUGAAAUUGAAGAUGUCACCGAUGAGAUGCUAGAUCGCCUUAUUAAGGAUGGAAAGACUGUUGCUGUAUUGUUUUAUGAUAAUAACGAUCGUAAAUCUCAGAAAGUACUAAAUGAGUUGGAAAACAUUGACGAUGAAUGCGACCAGCUCGGCAUUGCGUUUGUAAAAAUCGACAACGAUGAUGAAGCCAAGGAGUAUGGUAUCGAAAAAGUUCCAACUUUAUUAUACUUUGAAAAGGGCAUACCAACAUACUACGAAGGAAACUUAGAAGAAGAAGAAAAAGUUCUAAGUUGGUUACGACAUCAAACUGAGAGUGAUGAAAUUGAAGACAUAACAGACGAAAUGCUCGACUUAAUUAUUGAGAAAAUGCCAUAUGUUGCCGUUUUGUUCUACGACAAGGACCAAAAGAAAAGUCAGAAAAUCUUGGCCGAAUUAGAAAACAUUGAUGACGAAUGUGACCAAAAUGACAUUGCUUUUGUCAAAAUAGAUGACGAUAAGGAAGCUAAAGAAUAUGGCAUUGAAGCUAUUCCAACAAUGGUGUUCUUUGAAAAAGGAAUACCACACGUUUAUGAAGGUGAUCUAAUGAAAGAAGAAGAACUUUUGGGCUGGUUGUUGCAUCAAAAACGUCAUAGUGAAAUACCUGAAGUCACAGAUGAGAUGAUGGACAAACUUAUAGAUACUGCUCAAUAUUUAGCUGUUAUCUUUUAUGAUAAAGAAGAUAAACAAGACAUUAGAAUCUUAAAUGAGUUGGAAAAUAUUGAUGAUGAGUUAGAAAAGGAAGGUAUUGUGAUCGUAAGGAUUGAUAAUGAAGAAGAAGCUAAAGAAUAUGGCAUUGAUCAUCUACCUACACUUAUUUAUUUCGAGGAAAAUAUUCCUGCUAUUUAUGAAGGAGACCUUCUAAAUGAAGAUGAAGUGCUGGAGUGGUUGAUUGAGCAGAAAAAUAGCGCAACUAUUGAGGAAGUAACUGAUGAAAUUUUAAAUGAUCUUAUUGAAGAGCACGAAUAUGUAGUAGUAUAUUUCAGUGGAAAAUGUGAAGAAGGAGAAGAAUGCGACAACAUUUUAGAUGAAUUAGAAAAUAUUGACGAUGAACUUGAUGAAACUGGUAUUAUUUUUGUAACAACUGAAGAUAUAUCAUUGGCUAAAAAGUAUGGAAUCAAAACUUUCCCAACUCUAGUUUUCUUCAGGAACAAGGAGCCUCUGGUUUACAAAGGUGAUAUUGAGGACGAAGAUGAGGUGCUUGCAUGGCUUACCGACGAAGAUACACUUGAAAUUCCCGGAAAGAUUGAGGAAGUAAACUCUAAAAUGUUGGAAAAGAUAUUACAGGAAAAUGACCACAUUGUCGUAUUUUUUUACAAGGAAAAUGAUAAGAAGUCACAAAAGAUCUUGAGUGAGCUAGAAAAUAUUGAUGAUGAGUGUGAAGAGAAGGAUAUCGAUUUCGUUAAAACGUCUGACGAAGGAGUUGAUAAAGAAUAUGAUCUUCCGGACUUGCCUGCAUUAGCUUUCUAUCGGCAUAAAUUUAGGACAAUUUAUGAAGGCGACCUUAUGCACGAAGAAGCUAUUCUGAAAUGGGUAUUAGAACUUCAUGAUUCUCAACCAGAUGUAAUUGAAAAUGUCGACAGAAAAACUUUAAAAGAUCUUAUAGAUGAUGUUGAACAUUUGGCAGUGUUUUUCUACAGUGAAAAUUGUGACACUUGUGAGGAAAUCCUAGAAGAAUUGGAAACAAUUGACGAUGAUACAGAUAAGCAUGGAAUUCAGUUCGUAAAGUCAAAAGAUUCUAAACUGGCAUCUGAUAUUGGCAUUUUCAGUUUCCCCGCUUUAGUGUACUAUGAAACAGGAGUACCAAUUAUGUAUGAUGGUGACUUAAAGAACGAAAAUAAGGUUCUGCAGUGGCUAGUAGAUCAAAAAAGUGAAGAUAGCCACCGACAAAAAAAUAAAGCUAAUCCUAAAACAAAGGCCAAUGCAGAUGUUGAUAAAAAAACGGGGUUUCCACGAAGUCAAAACACAGUACCUAAGAAAAAUCUUAAGCCGACCGAGUGGAGAAAAGUUGGAAAUUUAAAGGUGGUUCAUCCAGCAGUUGGAGAGAAAAAACGCCGGGAUGGCAACGUCAAUAAAAAAAUUAGUAUCAAAAACAAUGACGAUGAUGACGAUGAAGACGAUAGCGAUGACGAUAACGAUGACGACGACGACGACGAUGACGAUGACGACGACGACGACGAUGACGAUGAUAACGAUGAUGAUAAUGACGAUGACGAUGAUAACGGUGACGAUGAUGAUAAUAGCGAUGACGACGAUGAAGAUGACGAUAAUGAUGAAGACGAUGUGGAAGAAAGCAACGAUGAUGAUGAUAAUGACGAAGACAGUGACAAUGAUGAUGGUAAUGGCGAUAGUGACGAUGGCGAUGAUGAAAUAGACAACGACGAUGACGGCGACGAAGAUGAUGACAAUGACGAUGAUGAUGAUGAUGACGAUGACAAUGACGAUGACGAUGACGACGACGAUGACGAUAACGAUAUUAGAAAAUAUGGGAAAAUAUAUAACUAUAAAGUAGGUAAAGCACGUCAUUAUAGCGGUAACGACGACGAUGAUAAUGAUGAUGAUGACGACGAUAAUGAAGAAAAUAUAUUCAGUAGGAUAAAGAAAAUGUUUACAGGCGAUCGCUGUUUCUACAUUGGAUUGGGGGCGAAACCGGCCGUCCCAAAAAUGACUUACGAACCCUACCAGUGCUGUCCCACUAAAGUACAGAGCCCGACAAAAGUAGCGAAGGCGACCCCAACCAAGGUUCCUGCUAAGAAACUCGACAAGGAUAAGCAAGCAGCAGGCGAAAAAUCAGCUAAGGGUAGAAAUAAAGCCCUGGCCAAACCAGAAAAAACAGGAAAGGGCAAAAAAGGAAACUUAUUGGAUGAAACCGAAGUUCUAGAUUGGAUGGUUAGUCAAAAAGAAGAUGAAAGUAUAGAAGAAAUAGACAGAGACAAAUUGUUUAAAUAUAUUGAGACGAAAGAGUUCUUAGCCGUUGUAUUUUACAAAGAAGAGGAUCCUUUGAGUCCUAGAAUUCUAAGACAUGUAGAAUUAAUUGACGAUGAAGCUGCUGAGUAUGGUAUAAAAGUAGUUAAAUGCAGUGACCGCUUGAUGGCAAAAAAAUAUGGAUUUAGGAAUCCUCCAGGCAUAACUUACUUUAGAAAAACGAAGUAUAUCAAUUACGAUGGGGAUAUGGAUGAUGAAGAAGAAAUAUUAGACUGGCUUACCAAUCCAGAAAACAUGGAGCUUACAGAUCAUAUUGAAAAGGUCAACCAGAAAAUGUUUCAAAAAAUAAGGCAGACAUCAGACUAUGUAGCCGUAUUCUUUUACAGUAAUGACUGCAAACAGUGUCCAAAAGUACUGCUUGAAAUUGAACACAUCGAUGAUGACGCGGAUGCUGCUGGUAUAAAUUUCGUGAAAAUUGAUGAUCGUCAGAUGGCCAAGGAAUUUGGAGUGUUUGCACUGCCCGCUGUGUUGUUCUUUAAGUUAGGAUCAAAAGAUCCUGUUAUAUUUGCAGGUGACCUAUACGACGGCCAACAACUACUGAGUUGGUUGCUUACGCAAAAAAAUCCAGCAGGAGACGUCAUAGAAGCCUACGAAGGUCAAGAAUUACUGGAUUUAAUAGAGGACUCCCCUUCUAUAGCGGUGUAUUUCUGGAAUAAAACAUUGUGCGAAUUGUGCAAUGCUAAAGCAACGAAAAAGCCGAAAAAGAGUAUUAGAGAGCACGACGACGACGAAGGGCAGGAGAUAGACGAUUCUCUCGAUUGUGAACAAUGUACCGGCAUUCUGGAAGAACUAGAGAAUAUUGACGAUGAUUGCGAUAGACAUGGAAUUAAAUUCGUCAAGACUCAAGAUUACUCUAUAGCAGAAUCUUAUGGCGUUACUGACUUCCCAGUCCUAGUUUAUUUUGAAAGUAAUAUACCAAAUGUUUAUGAAGAUUCUUUAGCGGAAGAGGAAGAAGUACUUCAAUGGCUGAUUACUCAAAAAACAGAAGAUCGUAUUGAACUCAUAACAAGGGUAAUGCUUGAGAAAAUGGUGGAAGAGACUCAGUAUCUGGCUGUUUAUUUCUACAAAUUAAACUGCCACAUAUGCGACCACAUACUUGAAGAGUUAGAAAAAAUUGACGAUGAAUGUGACGUAUAUGGUAUACAUAUGGUAAAAAUUCAAGAUCCUCAGCUUGCCAAAAGAUAUUCGAUAAAGACUUUCCCCGCAAUGGUAUAUUUCAGGAACGGAAACCCUCUUCUUUUUGAAGGUGACUUGCAAAACGAAGAGUCUAUUCUUGAAUGGUUAAUCGAUGAUGACAAUCGCGAAUUAGCGGAUGAGAUAGAAUCUGUGAACGACAGAAUGCUUGAUCGGCUGUUGUACGAAUCCCACCUACUUGCUGUACUUUUCUAUGACGAGGAAGAUUGUCAAGACUGUCAAGAUAUUCUUGAAGCUCUUGAACAAAUAGAUGGCGAAGUCGAUCAAUAUGGCAUUGAUUUUGUUAAAAUAGCAAGCCCAGAAGCAGCUGCAAAGUACAACAUAAUUAAUAUACCUUCACUUGUAUACUUCCGUAAGCAAACACCGAUGUUCUAUGACGGAGAUUUACAUCAAGUGGACAGAGUCCUACAGUGGUUGACAUCGCAAGAGGUUUUUGAAUUGAAAAAUGAAAUCGAGGAGGUUAACAGGAAAAUGUUAGACAAGCUUUUAGAGGAAAAUGAAUUUCUUGCUGUUUAUUUCUAUGAAAAUUCUGCGGAAAGUCGUAUUGUACUUGACAAAUUAGAAAAUAUUGACAGCGAGACUGAUAACUUGGAUAUAACUUUUGUAAAGAUGCACGAUAUUCGCUACGCCCGAAAAUGGGGUGUUACAAAAAUGCCAGCUAUUGUCUACUUCAGGAAACGCUUCCCUAGUAUUUAUAGAGGUGACGUAAUGGAAGAAGGUGAAGUAUUAGAAUGGCUAAGGAAGAAUAGAUUUAGACAACCAGAAUUAAACAUAUUCAUGUACGCGUUGAUAGCGUUAUCAAUAGCAUUCGUGAUGUACACCGCCUUCUUACUUCAAUGCUUUAAGCCAGUCUCCUCUCAAUCCACACAGCAUCCGAAACAAGCG